AUGAGUUAUCCAUCAUCGAAUCAAUCAGAUCAAGAACCAAUAGUAUUAGAAAUACCUUCUAAACAUUUUAAAUUGUUUGCAAAGAGUAUGCAAUGUAUGGGUAAACUUGGUGAUGAAAUUGAAAUGGAGUUUACUCCAAACAAGUGUAUAUUUGCAUUGACACCAUCAUCAUUAAACUUACAUUUUAGAAUGGAAUUGAGUAAAGAGUUCUUUGGGAUCUAUCAGAUGCCACAAAACAGAGUGUGUAUUGGUAUAAAAGCAAGAUCAUGCUAUUCAUUCUUUCAAGCUCAAAAUGUAUUACAAUUUAUUAUCGAAGUCAAUAUUGGUGAAGGCAAGGUGCAGUUUCAUCAACGAUUCAACGAUCAUAUAAGCAAGUCGUACCGAACUGCAUUUGAAUCAAAGACUGAAAUAAGAACACCUCAAAGCGACCCAUCAAAACUACAAGCUCGAAUGUCAAUUAAACCAAAACUACUAUCUGAGCUGAUUUCUCAUUUCUCUGCUCAUACUACUGAAGUCAUUCUUGGUCUUGGUAAAGAAAGAAUUUUCUUUAAAACUCCUACUCCAAGUGAUUCCGAUAUUCAAGACAAGAAAAAGAUAUUACAUACAGAGAUUGGAGUUGAUUUGAAUGAAUUGGAUAAAUAUGAUAAUCAAUUUGAUUUACCAUUGCGAGCUGUUUUCCAACUAAAGGAUUUGAAAACUAUUUCAACCUAUCUUGCAGCACUACCAAAUGACAGCACUCCUUCACAAAUCUCACUUGGCGAGGAAUACAGUUUGACAUUGCAAUCACGUGUUGGUAAUACUUGUUUUAUUACUAUUUAUUUUGCUGCCGACACUACUGUUGAUCAUACUGCCUAUCCUCAACAACAAUAUCAACAACAACAAAUGCAUCAACAACAACAACAACAACAAAUGUAUCAACAACAGCAACAGCAGCAACAACAACAAUAUUCUCCACAAAACCAAAUGGUUAUUGCAAAUAAUAAUAAUAAUAAUUAUCAACAAAGACAACCUUCACAACAACAACAACAACAACAACAACAACAACAACAACAACAACAACAACAAAGACAACCUUCUCAACAACAAUUUAGAUCUUCACCACCCUAUAAUAAUAAUAAUAAUAAUAAUUAUCAAUCAAGUCCACAUAGAGGAACACCUUCACAAAGAUCAGAGUUUGGAAAUGAUGGUGUUUAUGAUAUUGGAAAUUAUGAUCAAUAUGACCAAAGACAAAAUGGUACUCCACAGCAACAACAACAAUCUGGCGACAAUUACAAUAAUAAUAAUAAUAAUAAUAAUAAUAAUAAUAAUAAUAAUAAUAAUAAUAAUAUCCAACAACAACAAAAUCAAUAUCAACCACCAAAUCAACAUCAACAACCAAAUCUAUAUCAACAACAACAACAACAAAUUAUCCUUCAACAACAAGCACAACAAAAUCAAAUGAUUUACCAAAUGAAUGAAAGUCAAACAAGUAGAAAAUCAGCAACAAGAACAUUGGCUCAAGACCUUUAUAAUGAUCCAGAUGAAGAUGACCAAGGACAAAUGGAUGAUGAAGAAGUACCAUUUUCUCAAGAUUCAUAA